GUGGAAAGACAGUAAUGUUUAGCCACAGGCCAACCACCCUAUCCCUAACUGGUCCUACUUUGAACAGAGUCCUCGUUACCAUGUGUUCUUUAAACUUGCAGUCAUUAGGUCGAGCUUUCCUCUUCUAUCAAGUUUAAUCAUCUGCAUCUGCCAAACAAGAUGAGUCCAAAUUCGUCGAGUUCAAAGGAGGUCUGAUCGAGGUGGUAUGGUCUUUGAACUCAAGUUAGAGUGGAACAAACUUUGCAGAAAAAUUUGUACCGAGUAGCAGUAGAUUCAUAGAAACUACACGUCAGGAGCUUGGAAGAAGAUGAAGACAAGGAGGUGUGAAGAUUGGGCGUAGGAAAGGAAUAUUAUGGGCAAGGAAGGCAGUAACGAUAGCAAUAGAGAAAUGGACGGACCCCUUCCUUUGAAGCUUCUCUUGGAAGUGCCUUCAACUCCACGGGUGUUGAUUAGGCCCUCCGGUUAUCCAUCUAUAUAGCAGCCAUGGUGGAUGUCUCGGUGCUCAACGACGUGGAUGACUGCAUCGACUUGCCUCCUGGGUUCAGAUUCCACCCCACGGAUGAAGAGAUCAUAACUCACUACCUCACACCAAAGGUCACUGACCUUGGCUUCACCGCUAAAGCUAUGGGAGAUGUGGACUUGAACAAGUGCGAGCCAUGGGAUCUUCCAGGCAAGGCGAAGAUGGGGGAGAAGGACUUGUUCUUCUUCUGCCACAAGGACAGGAAGUACCCAACUGGCAUGAGGACCAACAGAGCUACCGAAGCUGGCUACUGGAAGGCCACAGGAAAAGAUAAGGAGAUCUAUAGGGACAAAGGAGUCCUCGUUGGCAUGAAGAAGACCCUUGUGUUCUACCAAGGAAGAGCUCCCAAGGGACAAAAGACUAAUUGGGUGAUGCACGAGUUCAGGCUUGAAGGCAAGCAUUCUCUCCCCAAUCUGCCAAACUCCGCAAAGGAUGAAUGGGUUGUGUGUAGGGUCUUCCACAAGAACAUAGGACUGAAGAAAAGCCCACUUGGGGACGAUCUCAUGGACCUUGCUACCUUGCCUCCGUUCAUGGAUCCCCCUCGCAUGGAAUCCAACUUCACAGGUCUUCCUCCUGGCGUGGAGGAUCCAAGCGCUUACUGCACGCUGCUGGGAUCGACGGACGUGGGCUACUUGCACCAGGAUGAAGCAAUGAUGAGAGCAUUCGCUGCUGCAAACAACGACGUAUCCGCCGCCACAAGGAAGCCGUGCAAGGUGGAGCAGUUCACCGACACCUCUUCUGCUGCUGUGUCGAAGCAUUACGACGACUUGGACUUCACCUGGACAAGCUAUGGAUUCUGAGCACAUCCAGUAUAGAACGUAGCAUCACUCGUAGGAUCUCAGUGUGUAUAUAUUGAAUUGUUAUAUGGUGUUAGCUCUGAUGUUGAAGAUUUAUUCUUCAGUUGGAUUAGAUUGCAUCAUCAUCAAUCUUUCUUUGUGUGAUUAAUACAAGCAACAUGAGUCAUAACAUGAUCACCUAA